AAAUAUAAGUUUUAAUUGAAUUUAAAAUACUGUCACUUGAUUUGCCCUUUAAAAUCCAUUGACACUAAGUUUAGAGUAUAUAAUAGGUUUACUGUCCUCAAGUUGAUUGGCUUUGAGUUUUUGUGGUAUAUUAUUGAUUAUAAACCAAUGGACAAAACGAAAGACGACGAGAAGGUGUUUGCGACGACUAAAUCGCAGUUCAGUAACGACGAGUUGGAAGUGGUUGUUGAGUCGAUAGAUAAUGAAAUGACGUCAAAGGAGAAGCAGUUGAUGGAAGAGUUGGUAAUAAUACAAGAUUGUCAACAAAUGGCCAAAUCUUUUAGACAAACAUUUGUGGAUUGUAUUGUCGAUAGUAAGUUGAAUGAUAUGGAGUCAAGUUUCGAGAAGAAAAAUAAACAAUUGAAUGAAGUUAUGGCUAAUAAUGAAGAGCUCAAGAGUAAGUUUCAGUUGUUGACAACAACUACCGAUCAGAUGAAUCAAAUGAUUGAUACGAUGGACGCGGAGUUACAAGGAUUCAGAGAUAACAACAUUGAUAUCAAUGUUUAUCAACAGCUUAUUGAAAAUCAUCAAAAAGAAACAAAUGAAUUAAACAAUAAGUUGACAUAUUUUAGCAAUGAAUUGGAUUCAAUGACCAAAAAGUAUGAAAUGGCCACUCAUAAGACGGAACAGAUUAUGGCAAACAAUCAACAAUUGGUGGCAAAGAUUACAGAACAACACUAUAAACUACAAGAAUCUAAAUCAAGGGGUCAAUCGAUAGACAAAUUGAUAAAAGAUUUGGAAAAAGAAAUGGAAGAAUAUUCGGUAUUCAAUGAAACAAAACUUAAAGAAUUGAACACAAAUUUGGAAGAAAAGGUCAAUAAGUUAACAGCAAUUAUCACCGAAAAUCAAGAAUUAAAUACUAAAGUAAUGGAAUUGAAUGCAACUAAUGAACAAAUGAAAGACAUAAAUGAAGUGUUAAAUAAAAAAUUGAAUGAAGAAAAAGAAAAGUUGAUUAACACAGACAAAGAAUGUGAACAACUAAAAGACAAUCUCCAGAAAGUUAAUGAUAAGUUAGUCGCCGCUAAUGACACCAUUGAGUCGAUGAAUGAUAAGAUUCGUGUAUUAACCAAUAGAGCAAAAGUUAUUAAUACUAAAUAUAAUUGGAAAUGUAAUGAAAUGGAUCAGAUUAAGACUACUAACGAACAAUUGAUGUAUCAAAUACAUGAACAAGAAGUUAAAUGGCGAGAAGAUACUGAUCAGCUUAUAACUGAUAACAAACAAUUGAUGGAUAAGAUUAGUGAACAACAAAUUCAAUUGCAAGAGAUUGUAUCACUAAAAGCCCAAUUAAAUCAAUUGUCGAAUAAUAGUAAUAAAAAUCGUCCAAAAAAUUAUUUAACCAAAGAAAGUAGAAAAUUGGUAAAACUGGACACAAAUCUGAACGAAAUAAAUACAGAAAAGAAGAGUAAGUUAGCUGUUGUUGUGUUUGAAAAUGAAAAACAAAAGUCUAAAGUAUCGGAAUCCAUAUCAAUGAAUGUUUUGACUGACAAAAAGAUAACAAUUAAAGUGCUAUACAAUGGUAAACGUUAUCUAAUCAAAUCAUACGACACUGAAUUAGUUUUGUCAUUAAAGCGUUGUAUUGGGAACCGGGAAGGUAUAGAAGCCACAGAUGUAUCCGUCUAUUUUCAAAAUAAACUGCUGACCGAGGAGUAUGAUUGUCUCACAUUAACCGAUUGUAAUAUAAUAGACGGUUCACUAAUUUGGUCGGCCCGUACAUGUAAUUAAAUUUGUAUUUAAUAGCAAUUAAGCAAUUUCUCUUUUAAUUGAUUAUAAAUUUUUUUAUUAUACCUUUAUUUAAAUACAGUAUUUUAAAUAGAUAUAUCAUUUUGAAUAAAUUUAAAAACAAAUUAAU